AUGGAGGUGGAGGAGGAGGAAAGACGCUCUCCACACGAUCAUGUGGAUCGGUGUGUUCCCGAGAGCUUCUUUGAUCGCGUAACGCAAGGGUUACGCGACGAUCUCGAGCAUGAGCGGAAUAGGCGUCUCCAGAUGGUGGACACUGCCUCGAAGCAUCGAGCUGAGUUUGCCUUUGCUCAGCUUGAGAACGAGAGAUCUCUGACAUCUCUUCGUGACGAGCUAAGGGUAGCUCGUGGGAUUGUUGAUCGGUCUCGGGCUGAGAUAACUGCUCUUCAGACCCUUGUUGAUGCCCACCAUCAGGAGCACAAGGCUCUCUGCGAGAUGCUUGAGCGCAAGGGCGUUCUUCAUCGGAAGAAGCAGCGUACUGAUGGUACGGCUUAA